AUGAAGGUCUCACUAUGGCUGAACAUUCUCGGCGUAAAUCUAUCCCUCGCCUUGGCCGUGGGAGCCGACUUUCAAGACUCGUGCCAAGCCUUUUCACCCGAUACGAGGACUACGGAUGCACAUCGUGAAUUCGUUGAGUAUGUGCCCGCGGGGACAAACCUCAGUUUGCCGUACAAUGAUGCAACCUGUGCUCGCCCGUAUCAGGUUGUCCCGGUAGACCUUUGUCGUGUCGCAUUAUAUCUGGAGACAUCCAACAGAUCAAGCGUGACCACAGAGCUCUGGCUCCCUCGAAAUUGGACUGGCAGGUUCUUGGGGACUGGAAAUGGCGGGAUCGAUGGCUGUAUAAAAUAUGAGGAUCUGGCAUACGGGGCCGCGAACGGAUUCGCCGUGGUCGGGUCGAACAACGGACACAAUGGCACGACUGCCGUCUCAUUUUAUCAAAACUCGGAUAUCCUCGCCGAUUUCUCUUGGAGAGCACUUCAUCUUAGCACAGUCAUAGGUAAACAAGUCACCAAGGCAUUCUAUGGGCAACCGCAUACAAACUCAUAUUAUCUGGGUUGCUCUUUAGGGGGCCGGCAGGGGAUCCAUUCCGCUGUGGCCUUCCCGGACGACUUUGAUGGUAUUAUUGCCGGCUCACCAGCACUGGACUUCAACAAUCUUGUCUCUUGGAGAGCAAGCUUCUUCCCUAUUACAGGUUCCGCUGACUCUGCGAACUUCAUAAGCGUAUCAACAUGGAAGAACCUGAUUCACCCUGAGGUGUUGGCCCAGUGCGAUACACUUGACUGUGUCGAUGACGGCAUCAUCGAGGAUCCUACCUUGUGCCAUUUUCAUCCGGAGGUAGAGAUCGUACGGAAGGUGUUUAGUCCAAUGUACGGUGAAGAUGAACAACUAAUAUUCCCCGCAAUGCAACCAGGGAGCGAGCUGGAGGCCGCAGACAAGCUUUAUUCAGGAAAGCCGUUCAGCUAUUCUAAGAACCUGGCCGAACGACCUGUCGAACUACAAAAACGAGGAGGAAGGAUAAUCACCUACCAUGGACAGCAGGAUGGCAAAAUUACAAGCUUCAACACGGAGCGGUUUUACAAUCAUCUUUCGACAACUAUGAACAUGUCUGCCUCCGAGCUUGACAAUUUCUUCCGUUUCUUCCGUAUCUCUGGCAUGUCCCACUGUAGCUCAGGUCCAGGCGCAUGGGCAUUUGGGCAGGGUGGCAGCCCUGUGCCAACAAUGACACCGUUUAACAGAAAUGAAAAUAUCUUAGCUGCGUUGGUGGCCUGGGUGGAACUCGGCAUAGCCCCAGAGACGAUCACGGGGACAAAGUACGUGAAUGACAAUCCAGCGCUCGGGGUUGCCUUCCAGCGUCAUCAUUGCAGAUAUCCACUAAGAAGUACCUACGUCGGGGGGGAGCACUGGGAAUUCACAUCGGAGCAAGAAAUGAGAGGAACACGCCGAUUGCGACGGGGAAGCAAUCCUCGCCGUCCCUCACCAAAGAGGCAGAGGACUGGAACCCCUGAUCUCUCCGCAUCCAGCAAUAUGGAACAGUCUCCACUUGAACCGUCCGAGGCGAAGCCUGUCCAAACCAACGUCCCUAUCGAUAGAUCUGCUAAAACCAAAAAGGAGUCUACCGCGGAGGCAGAGCAACGCACUGGUGAUGAGGAGACCCCAAAGGAAAGAACCCAUUUGAACCAUACGCAGCACAGCAGCACCGCUAGAGAAACUGGUGAGUUUCAAAACCAGCAUCAGUCGGUCAAUACUGAACGCCGUGGCUACCCACUGUUCUGGUUUCUUCCUGAACAAUUUGCUGCUCACGCCUAUCGACCCAGCGAUAUUCUGUCGUUCACGGAGUGCCCACCUGAAAUCCCGACCUACCGGGAGCCUAGAUUGGAUACAGUCCCUGUUGGUAUGGUCCUAAAUGUCCCGGAUCAUGUGGAUGAGAAUUCUGGUGUCAGAACUCGUGUGGCAUUUGAUGUCGCACUUUUACAUGUUUCUCUUGAGCCCCCUUUUUGGGCCAUCGCUAGCAGGACUGGACGACUCUUGAAUAGCGCAGACUGCUGCCUUGACCCUGGCUUUGCUACCGAAAAGCUUAGACUGAUCAAAGUCAGAGAGAUGAUACACGCUCACAUAAUCGAAUUGACCACAUACCGUCAAAAUUUCCUCCUGUUGCUGCGCUCUUGGCGCAAGGAACGAAGGCUUUGGGAGGUUCGGCUCGUCCUCGCUCAGAUCAGACGAGGUAACAACUCGAUAUUCCAGCAUCCUCUGACACAUGAAGAUCUUGACCAUCUCUGUGUUUGGUACAGAGAGCAACAAGCAGCCGAGGACCGUGGAGAGAUUGACUCAUCCUCGUUCGGCCGGGUUACUGGCAUGGUGAAUCCGUGUGCCAAGGAGAUCGGAGCCAAUGUACAAGGCGGUUUUGUGAAUGAAGCGAUUGUCACUCGCUGCGAGAAGCUCAAAGAGGCUAUAAGGGGCGUACUCGCUAGGAUCACUAUAUUACAGGCCCAAGAAGACGAGCAGCGGCGGCGCCAGCGGGAGCAGCCCUCCAGGCAGGAGCAAGGAACCGCUGAUAGUGGCAAUGAUGGUACGAGCCUUCCCGGGGAUGCCUUGUUGGUAGAUUUCGAAUUUGAUACUGAGGACCCCUUCCCUUCAGCUCCUGUGAUCGAUCCCCUGCCCACUGACCUCGCACAUCGCGCGGCACACUAUCACUGGCAAGUCGAAAGACAUGGGGUUUGGGCCCCGAAAGGUUUGUUCAAGCGCACGACCUAUCUUAGAACAUUUCAGCUUGCGGCUCCGGAUGAUCUUUCUUUCUUCGAUAAACCGAGAGCAGAGUGGCCCCGAGGACACCAAGGACUGCUGCAUGAACAUGUGAACUAUAUCGACGAUUUUCAGGUGAAUCCUUGGGGAGUUCCAGCCACCCGCCUCACUCAAGCUCUACGCCACCAGCCUCGGUAUACCGCUGAUGUCAUAUAUUCCAAGAAGGCGCGUAUGAUCCUCAAGAGUAUUGAGAAAUGGUAUUUCACAAACAGAGAGAUGGCGCUUGGCGGUAUUCAAGAUUGGCCUCUUCCCUGUGGUGUUCGAGACAGUCUUUUGGAGGUUAUCAGGGAACUCCAGUGA